AUGUCCAACACGCCCUCGAACAACAUCAAGGUCGUCUGCCGGUUCCGCCCGCCCAAUGCGGUCGAGCUGCGCGAGACGGGCGGCGAGAGCAUCGUCCAGAUCAGCGAGGACGGCGUCAACGUCAAGCUGCGCUCGCAGGAGAACAUGCGCGGCGCCGAGGCCGACGGCUUCACGUUCGACCGCGUCUUCCAGAUGGACACGCCGCAGGAGGAGGUGUUCGAGUUUGGCGUCAAGGGCAUCGUCGACGACGUCCUCAACGGCUACAACGGUACCAUCUUUGCCUACGGCGCGUCUGGUUCGGGCAAGACGCACACUAUGAUGGGGCCCAGCAUCGACGACGCGCAGCUCAAGGGCAUCAUUCCUCGCAUCGCCGAGCAGAUCUUCUCGUCCAUCAUGACCUCGCCCGCCAACCUCGAGUACCUUGUCAAGGUGUCGUACAUGGAGAUCUACAUGGAGCGUAUUCGAGACCUACUCGCUCCCGAGAACGACAACCUGCCCGUGCACGAGGACAAGCAGCGAGGCGUGUACGUCAAGAACCUGUCCGACUUCUACGUCAGCAACUCGGACGAGAUGCACGAGGUCAUGCGCCAGGGUGGAUCUGCCCGCGCCGUCGCCUCGACCGGCAUGAACGCCGAGUCGUCUCGCUCGCACUCGAUCUUCGUCAUUACGAUCCAGGCGCGCAACACCGAAACGGGCACCCAGAAGACGGGCUCGCUCUACCUCGUCGACCUCGCCGGCUCCGAGAAGAUCGCCAAGACGGGCGCGACGGGCCAGACGCUCGAGGAGGCCAAGAAGAUCAACAAGAGCUUGAGCGCGCUCGGCCAGGUCAUCAACGCCCUCACCGACGGCAAGUCGGCGCACAUCCCGUACCGCGACUCGAAGCUCACGCGCAUCCUGCAAGAGUCGCUCGGCGGCAACUCGCGCACGACCCUCAUCAUCAACUGCUCGCCGUCGCUCUACAACGAGCCCGAGACGCUGUCGACUUUGCGGUUCGGCAUGCGCGCCAAGUCGAUCAAGAACAAGGCCCGCGUCAACGCCGAGCUGUCGCCCGCCGAGCUCAAGGCGCUCCUCAAGCGCGCCCAACGCGACCAGGCCAACUCGGGCGCCUACAUCGGGCUCCUCGAGCAGGAGGUCGCCGUCUGGCGCGAGGGCGGCACGGUCGACAAGGAGCAGUGGGCGUCGAUGGAGCGGGCGCUCGGGCUCGGCGAGGGCGAGCUCGAGAAGCUCGCGGCGGGAGGAGCGUCAGCGGCCAAGCUCAAGGCGCAGCCGAGGAUACCGGCGCUCGAUCGAGUGUCAGAGGGAGGGGACAGUCGGCCCGAGACGCCGACGAGCGCGAUGGGCGGCGACGAGCGCGAGGAGUUCAUCAAGCGGCAGAACGAGAUGGAGGACCAGAUCGCCAAGACGGAGUCGCAGCUGUCGUCGCAGGACAAGCUCAUUCGCGACCUGCGCGAGGAGCUCUCGUCGCUCAAGGAGUCCGAGUCGACGGCCUCGAGCGAGAACAAGGCGAUGAACGGCGAGCUCGCCGACCUACGCCUGCAGCUCGAGCGCAUCCGGUACGACAGCAAGGAGGCGCAGAUCACGACCGACUCGCUCAAGGAGCAGAACGGCGAGCUCGAGCGAGAACUCGAAGAGCUUCGGCGAGCGCUCGCCGACGCCAAGUCGACGCAGAAGUCAGCCGACCAGGAGGGCAAGGACAAGAAGAAGGCGGAGCGCAUGGCGGCCAUGAUGGCGGGCCUCGCAGCGGGCGGUCUGUCGGAGAAGGAGGCCGACAUCCGGGCGUCGCUCGCUCGCCUCGACGAGGCGGCCAACUCGGACAAGCCGCUCUCGGCCGACGACCUGUCGACGCUCCGCCGACAGCUCGAGGACUCGUCGAUCUCGUUGCGCGAGCACCAGGACCGCGCCAAGCAGGUCACCGAGGAGAACGAGAUGCUCACCCGCAGGCGGGACGAGCUGGAGACGAGGUUGUCGACGCUCGAGGAGGAGUACGAGGAGCUUCUCGACAAGACGGUCGCCGACGAGGAGCGCGACGACGCGGCCAACGUGCAGGACAUCCGGAUUAAGCUCGAGGCGCAGUACGCCAUGAAGCUCGAGGCCGCCUUGAACGACGGCAGCGACCUCAAGCAGCAGCUCGUGCUCAAGAACUCGGAGCUCAAGCACGUCAACGAUGCUCUCGAGCAGGUCCGCACCGCCAACGCCGAGCUCGAGCGCGCGUUCAAGAUCACAACGGCAAGCAUCGAGGGCGGCAAGAACCUCGAGGAGGCGGCCAAGGACAUGGAGCGGCAGCACAAGGCCGUCGCACAGCAGCUCGCCGACUUUGACGCCAUGAAGAAGAGUCUCAUGCGCGACCUGCAGGACCGUUGCGAGAAGGUCGUCGAGCUCGAGAUCUCGCUGGACGAGGCGCGCGAGAACUACCGCAACUUGGCCAAGAACUCGAACAGCAAGGCGCAGCAGCGCAAGAUGGACUUCCUCACGCGCAACCUCGACCAGCUCACGCUCGUUCAGAAGCAGCUCGUCGACCAGAACACGACGCUUAAGCGCGAUGUCGCCCUCGCCGAGCGCAAACUCAUCGCGCGCAACGAGCGCAUCCAGAACCUCGAAGCGCUGCUCCAGGACGCCAACGAGAAGGUGAACCAGCAGAACGCCAAGUUCGAGGCGCGGCUCCAGGCCGUCAAGGAGCGACUCGACCAGGCCCGAGCGCAAAACCAGCCGGCCGUCGCCUCAACCCUCAACUUUGGUCGCAUCGCCAAGCCUCUCCGAGGUGGUGGAGGCGACAUCGAGCCAGUCGCCGGCGCCGACCGCCGCACCUCGGGCUUCUUCUCUCGGUUCGGCUCCGCCACACGUUAA